AUGCCCGCAUUCACGCCUAACGCAGAGUGGUGUCUCGCAAGACCCUGGGCAAAAGUCCCGUCUGGUAGGAUUCGGGACUCUCGGGCCCUUUGCAGCAGAGACAUGAGCCCUAUUUGCAGCGACACGAGUGACACGGAACCUGUGGAUCGAAACUCCUGGGCCUUGCAGCAGGGUGGUCUCAUGGUGCCUCCUCCACCACCGCCUCCUCCUCCUGAUCAGCCCUUGCACACCAUACCCGGUGGGUCCUCGAAUUCAUCUAUUGUACAUGCAAUGCACAUAGCCUGCCCCCAGCAACCGCCCAAGCUGGCCAUACCCCUUCCACCCGCUGAGCCUCCCAACGGUAUUGAAAGGCCCCAAGCAUCGCAGGACAGCGAAAUGCCCCCUACUCCUCCAUGGAGAAAAAGCCAACUUUCAUCAAGCCAUGAUCCUUCCAAAUGGGAAGGUCUUCCAAGGACAGCACACUUCUUCCCGUGGGGGAAGGAACAGCAACAACCGGGCAAUCCGCAUCCCCACAGUAGCUUGAGUUCAGCUCAGCCUCUAGCAGACCCAUAUGCGUUGUCGGGCGGUGCCGAUCCUUAUGCGCAUGCCACUAGCUACACCGGCAACAAACCCUCCUCGGCCGUGAAUUCACCGGGGGCAGAGAUUAUGCAACAGCUGGAGCCAGUGGCAAAGCUCACGGCCAGUGCGCCUCUUCCUGCUGCUUCUGAAAGCUGUGCUGGGGUGUCUAACAACGUGCCAUUGUUGCUGCCGCCUCCUUUACCGCACAAAAUGAUGGCCCACGCCCACGCUCCAACGGGACGGCCAAGCUACUCCAAUUACGCGUACCAUCCGGUAUCGCCAUCAGCAUCAACAAGAGGACGAGAACAUUGGCUGCCUCCUGAAGCCCAUCGAAUGCGCCACCGGCUACGGGCCCGGCACCGGCCUGAAGGAAUAGUAGCUCAAGGUGGUUCGGGGGGCCUCCCGCCGUUUCCCUUUUCUCCACAUUGCUACUACCCACCUCAGCAGCACCCACAGCAGCAACCACAACCUGAUAGGGCAUUACUAGCGCUUAGGCGCACCUGCUACCGAUGCAGGAAACGAGGCCAUGAGGCUAGCGAGUGUCCUAAUGGGCAGGGACUGCGCCAGAUGCGCUUGGACACUUAA